AUGCGCUGCGAGCUGCUUUUCCCACUGUUCCUGCUAGCUUGCGUUAUUAAUGGGCUCCCCGUCGUGGGAGCGCCGCCGGUCCUCUCCAUGCACUUUAAGCUCCUCCGCAGGCACCACCGGCAGAGGAGCCCCCUGCAGCGGGUGAGGGAGAUCGUGAGGAACGACCAUGCCCGCGCGAAGAUGAUAUCCGACAGGAUCGGCUGGCAGAGGAGCGCGUGCGUGGCCGGCGGCAGUGUCCCCCGGACGUCGUCGUUCGCGAUGCCGAUAUCCUCCGCCGCCUUCACCGGCACCGGGCAGUACUUCGUGCGGCUCAAGGUGGGAACGCCUGCGCAGACAUUCUUGCUGGUGGCGGAUACUGGCAGCGACCUCACCUGGAUGAAGUGCCGCUACAGAGCUUGCCGGGGUUGCGGGGACGCGCAAUGGCGGCGGGCCUUCCGCGCGGACCAGUCAUCGUCUUUCAGCCCCAUCCCUUGCUCGUCGCAGCUCUGCAAGAACUCGCUGCCGUUCUCUCUUGCCAAAUGCCUUGCCCCGACGAGCCCCUGCGAGUAUGACUACGGGUACGUCUCCCUCUCCUCUACCCCUCAUCCUCCGCCGCAAAAUCACCCUCUUCUCCCCCGUGGAUUUGCUCCCCCAUGGAUCUGUCUCCCUCUCUCUCUCUCUCUCUUUCUCUCUGAACCCUCACGGGAGAGAGCAUCCCUACUGUCACCAGAGAGACGAUCCUCGAUCCACGCCGGCGAGCAUGAAGCUCCGUUAGAGCAGCGCAUCAUGGCGAAGUAAUUAAUGCCCAUGAUUCCAGUUAAUGGCCCCUCGGCUUGGUUGGGAUUUUGGUUACCAUCCAGAGGGUGGCGACGAGCACGCACGUGGAGAUCUUCUACUCGUGAAGAGAUUGAUCCUCUUCCCUGCAAGAACUCGGUCCGAUGAGCGCGCACUGUACACCGAGACGGGCUGCACCAUUCCAGAAGAGCGCAUUGAUGCCCGUUAGACUUAACAGUCGACGAUGGGAGUAAAGACGAUAUAUCCCUCCGUUCCGACCAGGCUGCCGUUCUUAUCCUUGACUAGGCGGGCUCAGAUCCACUUUCGUCGUCUUCGAUCACGAUGAUCAUCGAGCAUCGCCGAACCCUGCAGGUACACCGAUGGGUCGACGGCGCGGGGGAUCUUCGCCGACGAGGUGGCGACCGUGGCCCUCUCCGGCGGCCAGAGCGCGAAGCUCAAGGGGAUCGUAGUCGGCUGCACCUCCUCCUCUGCGGGCUCGAGCUUUCGUUCGUUGGACGGGGUGCUCGGCUUGGGAUACAGCAACACCUCCUUCGCCGCCCGCGCCGCCUCGCGCUUCGGCGGCAAGUUCUCGUACUGUCUCGUCGACCACCUCAGCCCCAGGAACGCCUCCGACUACCUCGUCUUCGGCAAGGACACCAUUCACAGGCCCUCGAAACCAGACCGCAGGCGGUAUGCGGAGCUGAUCCUGAACAGUUGGCUGGAGCCGUUCUACGCCGUCCGUGUGGGGGGCGUCUCGGUGGGGGCCGAGUUGCUGAACAUCUCCGAGGCCGUGUGGGACUCUGGCGCCGGCGGUGGCGUGAUACUCGACUCGGGAACCAGCCUGGCGAUGCUGGCCGAGCCCGCCUACCGCGCUGUCCUGGCCGCUCUGAGCGCUCCGCUGGCGAGGUACCCGAAGGUGGAGGCGAAGCCCUUCGAGUUCUGCUUCAAAUGGGAUCAGAGCUUCGAUGAGGCUGCGGUUCCCCGCCUGGUGGUACACUUGGUCGGCCCUCGCGGUGCGGCGGCGCCGCUGAGGCCGCCGGUGAAGAGCUACCUGAUCGACGUCGCCGACGGAGUGAAGUGCAUAGGGAUCCUCUCCGCUUCCUGGCCGGGGGUCUCCACCAUCGGCAACAUCCUCCAGCAGAACCAUCUGUGGGAGUUCGACAUCGCCAACAGGAGAGUGAGCUUCGAGCCUUCCUCUUGCUCUCGCUCUCUCCACUGA